AUGACUUCCAUUUUUCAGGAGACGUGCAUACAAGAUGACGCUCAACGGAUACUCCAGAGGAAAUACAUAACGCCUCGUAAGAGAAUCGCCGAUCGCCAGCCAUGCAGUAGUUUCUUAUCACAAUCUACCUCGAAAGAGGAUGGACAUGAUAACCUGUCCUCUUGGCUAGACUCAAGAAACCUCUCAUGGUUGUCUCCGGUGUCGACAGUCUCUACUGCAUCGUCUCUGGCGAGCGCCGAUUUCCUUUGGGAUUCGCCGAAGACGCCCUCUGGUCCGUCGGAUGAAGCCUCUUCACGCAGCAUCCUGACGCCCUUAACACCGCCGACAACUUUUGGAUCUUCCAAAAAAUUGCUCUUCACACCGAUUCCCAAACCUUCUUUCGGUUCUUCAAUUGCUUCAGCGGCGAAGCAGCCUCUUGUCGAAAAGAAGGAUGUAACACUACCAGACGACCCUUUCUUCCAACCAAAGUUAUUUCGAGGUUUGACGUUUGAGCUUGAAGCAAUCUCUGAGAAGAGCGUCCCGGGUGCUCGCGUGAAAUACAACUUCGAUCCCUCGUUUAAUUUCGAUGACAAUGACGCUGUUAGCACCCGCACGCGAUCUAAGACUGCCAAGAAAACACCAGUAAUACCAGCCACACAUGCCGUAUUCAACGGGGGGAAAACUCACAUUGAAGACUCUCGGCACCCUGACCCCACGCCGUCACAAGUCGAACUUCGAACGCUAUUAGAACAUAUCAUACCUCUGGAUCUUCAUGCAAGACUUGCCGAAGAUUCAGAAAUUUGUUCCGGAUCUUUGGUAAAGGACCCAUCUGAUCGAUGCAAGUUCCGUUUGAAGCAUGGCAAAGUACUCGAAAAGGCACGCAUCAUUAUCAAGAAGUUGGCAAGAGCCAAGAGCCAAGAGCUUUACCCUGAUAUGCUUGGUCUUAUUGAGCAGCUCGUCAGUCUAGUCAUGUGCGGUGUGCACCGCAAUACCGCAUUAAAACGACCAGAGAUCAAGAAGAAACCCAACGCUAUGUCGAAACUGAUGGAAUUGGAUAGGAUGUUCACACACCUUGUGGAAAUCGGAAAAGACCAGAACCAUAUACUCAUGCAAUGGCUUGAUACAAUUUCCGACUCGCAUGCGUCUAUAGGCCAUGUCUCUUGGCUCUACACAACUGUGACUAUUCCCAAGCCAAUUAGACAGCCCGAAUCGGCCACAGAGCCGAAGCCGGUCACAAAGCUCAAGCUUGAAGCGCCCACUCCGGCUGCUACGAUUCAAGCCUCAUCCUCAUCGAGCUUCAUACCCUAUCAAUCGGAAAAGUCCAAGAAGACCUCAGUCUUCGAUGCCGUUUACCAGAAAGCCACUGCUCCGCUGGGGGUGAUAGCCCAGAAGCGGGGUUUCGUAUACCUUUUCUGGGACAAGGAGUAUUUUGGCAUGGUCAAGAUUGGUUACACCAAAGAUCUUACUAAACGGCUUGAGAGCUGGAACCAACAAUGCGGUCGCGAGCAUAUAUACCACUCUAGUACGGAGUGCCAGAUCGAGAUACCACAUGCGCAUCGCGUAGAGCAGCUCGUACACGCUGAGCUGAAGGAGUACAGGAAAAGAAGACAAUGUGAAGGCUGUGGAACAAUGCACAAAGAGUGGUUUGACGCGGGACAGGCGCACGUAGUCAAGGUUCUGAGGAAGUGGCGGGAAUGGAUUCUACAAAAGCCUUAUGUGCAAGACAAGGAAUCGGGGGAGUGGGUGCUGAAGCCUGAAAUGCUCGAUGCUUUGGAGAGCAUGUGUGAGCCGCUGCCUCGAGAGGUGAGUACCCAGAAAUCUGGUAAGAAGAGUGUGGCCCGUAGACCUACAACGCAGAAGAAGAAGAGCUUUCGAAGAACGAUGUAA